ACUCCUUCUAUUCCUGUAGCCUUCUUCCGACCGUCUCUCCAAAGUCUGUGUUGCUAUCGCUACCUCGCUCCUUUUGGCCUCUAAUUUGCUAGGUGGCGAACAGCCUUCGACUUUCCACGAUGGCUUCCUCUUCGUCAAAUGUCGUCGGUGUCCAUUACCGUGUAGGAAAGAAAAUUGGUGAAGGGUCUUUUGGUGUCAUCUUUGAGGGCACCAACCUAUUGAAUAACCAACAAGUCGCUAUCAAAUUUGAACCGCGGAAGAGUGACGCACCACAACUACGAGAUGAAUAUCGUACUUACAAGAUACUUGUCGGCUGCCCCGGUAUCCCUAAUGUCUAUUAUUUUGGUCAAGAGGGCCUCCAUAAUAUUCUAGUCAUAGAUUUACUUGGUCCCUCGUUGGAAGAUCUAUUCGACCACUGCAACCGAAGGUUUUCAAUUAAGACGGUUGUGAUGGUAGCGAAGCAAAUGCUUUCUCGUGUGCAAACUAUCCACGAAAAGAACCUCAUAUACCGAGAUAUCAAACCCGACAACUUCCUUAUUGGUCGUCCCGGAACUAAAGCCGCCAACGUUAUUCACGUUGUCGACUUCGGUAUGGCCAAGCAAUACCGGGACCCCAAAACGAAACAGCAUAUCCCCUACCGAGAGCGAAAAUCCUUAUCCGGUACUGCCCGUUAUAUGAGUAUCAACACCCAUUUGGGCCGUGAACAAUCUCGACGAGAUGAUUUGGAAGCUCUUGGCCAUGUAUUCAUGUACUUUCUACGUGGUGGCCUACCAUGGCAAGGUUUAAAGGCUGCGACGAAUAAGCAGAAAUACGAGAAGAUUGGCGAGAAGAAGCAAACGACACCGAUCAAGGACCUGUGCGAAGGAUUCCCGGAUGAGUUCAGCAAGUACCUGACCUACGUGAGGAAUCUUGGUUUCGAAGAUACCCCCGACUACGAUUAUCUGCGCGAGCUGUUCACCCAGGCUUUGAAGAACACCGGCGAGGUAGAGGACGGUGAAUACGACUGGAUGAAGAUCAGCAAGGAAUCGUCCAAGGGCUGGGAUGCUAUGCAUAAGCCGGGUCCUUACCAUAACCCCAACAAACAGCCGGGCAUAUCUGCUCGAGAGUUACACAACCAAUCUCGCGUUAACACACCUGGCGGCCUCACUCACGAGCGUUUAAACGCCGCGCAGCCCCCACCUCCGUCUCCAGCAACCAAGAUGGACCAGCGCCGGCAAAACGCCCUCGGCGCCAAAGGAGCCCAGCGAGGUAGCGCGGUGGGGGGACUAAGGGAUAUGAGUACACCAACACCUUCGACUCAAGCCCAAUUUCAAAACAGCAACCAAAACUUGCCUACGAGGAUGGGGCCACAGGCCAACUUAGGAUCACCGGCAGCUGGUCCGGGACGAUCAUCGGAACCUCAACCGACGGGAUUCCAAAAGUUCAUGAAGGUGCUUUGCUGCGGUUAGUCUGGACACCAGCCACUACACCUUAAACACUGGCUAAUGGUAUUCUAGGUUAAAUACGUCUUAUCAUGGCAUGCUAGCGAUUUCAUAUAGAUUAGAGACGUUACUGGAUGAUGUUCCCUGCGCCGAUUUAUACU